AUAUCCUCUCAUAAUUUUGGUGGUUUCUUCGCUCUGCAACCGAUACAGUCUGAUAGUAAAAUCAUAGCCGUUGGAUCUUAGAGAAUAUGGCAGAUGAAGAAGUGAUGGGGGAAGUUCCAUCCGUCGAUCAUCACAAUAAGAGAAAGCUGGAUGAAGUCGGGUCGGACCCUAAACCCGAAACGGAGUCGGAUUCUGUGCAAAUAGCAAUUGAGGAAGAAAAGGCUGGUGAUGUUGAAGCUAAACGACCUCGUUUGGAGGAUAAAAGUACUAAUGGAUUGGCAUCCCAAAAUGGUUAUGAGGAGAAGGUAGAUGAACAGCCAAAAGAAGAUGAUAAUGAGAAGCCUAAUACUCAAGAAGUAGCCAAGGAAGCUCCGGAAUCAUGUAACGAACAACCUGCUGAUGAUAAUCAGCAAACAGGGGAUGUUGAACAUUCUGAUGCCACAGAGAUUCCCAAGGCAGAUAAGAGUUCACAGGUCGAUGAACCAUCUAAAGGUGACACUCAGGAACCUGAGGCAGAGAAGAGUACUCAAGUCGAUGAAUCAUCUAAAGGUGACGUUCAGGAGGAGCCCUCGGCUGAAGCGACUGAAACGGAGGGUGUUCAGCUUGAUCAAGAGAAUCCAGCCUCUGAUGAUCAAACAAUCACACGCAAAAUGGAGGUCCCCAAUAAUAAGGUUGGCGUGCUUAUUGGAAAAUCCGGGGAUACUAUUCGAUACCUGCAGUACAACUCAGGUGCUAAAAUUCAGAUAAUGCGCGAUGCUGAUUCAGAUCCACAUGCUGCCAGUAGGCCAGUUGAACUGAUUGGAACAUUGGAAAAUAUAAAUAAAGCUGAGAAAUUAAUAAAGGAUGUCAUAGCUGAGGCGGAUGCUGGUGGUUCUCCUGCACUUGUGGCUAGAGGCUUCGGCACUGUGCAAGCUGUUGUUGGAGAACAGAUUGAGAUACAAGUUCCAAAUGAGAAGGUUGGUUUAAUAAUUGGAAAAGGUGGGGAAACUAUUAAGAGCCUUCAGACAAGAUCAGGGGCACGAAUUCAGCUGGUGCCACUUCCUUCUGAUGGAAAAGAAUCUAAAGAAAGAACAGUGCGAGUGACUGGUGAUAAAAAGCAAAUUGAGAUGGCAAGAGAGAUGAUCAAAGAAGUCAUGAGUCAGCCUGUAAGGCCUCCAUCAACUCUCUCUUCGGGUCAUGGUCAGCAGGCAUUUCGCCCACGUGGCGGAGGUGCUCCCCCACAGUGGGGACCCCGGGGUGGUCAUCCUGGGCAGUUUCCAGGUUAUGAUUACCAUCAAAGAGGACAAUAUUCAUCUCGCAGCCCACAAUAUCCACCUCCUGCCUAUGGCAAUUAUCCUCCACAGCAAGCACCAAGAGGCGGGUUUGGUCCGGGUUGGGAGCAAAGGCCUCCACCCUCUAUGCAGGGCCCUCCAUCACAGGCAAACUACAACUAUGGGCAGCCACAGCCACAUGGUCCAGAUUAUGGACAGUCAUACCCUCAUCAGGCACAGCAUGGACAGGGCUAUGGGCAUGGAUAUACUGACGUAAAGUAUGACCACCAGAUGGCUCCACAAAAUCAGUAUGGAGGACAUGGACCUUCUCAGCCGACAUCUUACCCUCAAAGUGGUGCACAUCCCAGCUAUGGCACACACGAACAAUAUGGUAAACCUCCUUCAUAUGGUAUGCAUCCACAGGCUUCGCAUCCGCAACCUUAUAGCCAUCCCAGGGCUAAUCAACCUGGAGAAGUGCCAUAUCAGGGUCCAGUUCCAUCAACUCAAGGAUAUGGUGCUAGUAUGCCGCAACAGCAGCAAUACCCCUAUGCAUCAAGUGGGCAAAUGCAGCAAACUUACCCUGCAUAUGGAUCUGCCCCUGCUGCUGAUGGAUAUAAUCAUCCACAAGGUGCUCCAGCUUCUGGUACUGGGUAUCCUCAGCAAAGUGCCCAGCCCGUCGCUGGAUAUGGUCAGCCUGUGCCACAACAACCUCCUGCUUAUGCUCAAGCUGCCCCUGCUGGAGGUUACAGUUCCUACCCUUCACAGCCUGCUUACACUGAACAGCAGGCCACAAACAAUGCAGGCUAUGGUUAUCAGGGAUCAGCUGACCAAACUUACAGUGGUGCUCAGGCUUCAACUGCUUAUAGUGCACCAUUUACUGGACAGCAAGGUUAUGCUCAACCAGCUGCAGUUCCUGCUUCAACCCCAGCUCAGCCUGGUUAUGAUCAAUCCAUGACUCAACCAGGUGGUGGUUAUGCGACCGCACCUGUUGCUGCUGCUGGUUAUGUGAAGAGUGUCUCACCCCAGCCUGGUUAUGCACAGUAUGAUGCUAAUCAGAUGUAUGGUGCCCCCAGGUGAAACUUUCUUGUUAUCUGGUGAAAUUGGCUUCAGGAGAAGUGUGCUUGUCCGCUCUAGGCUGUUAGUUUGUACUAGUUUGAAUUUCAGAUGAGUCUCUCAUUGCAAAUGGAAUAUUUGAUUAGCGACGAUGUCUACUGUGUUUCUGCUUUUUGUCCUCAGCAAUAUAUACACGCUUAAUCAUAAAUGCUAAGGAUUUAUGGGAAGUAGGUAUUCUUAGAAACUUGUUGCACACAUAUGAUACUGUUGUGCUAGUUGUAGAAGAUAAUAUGUAUUUCAAAGUCUUGCGUUGGUAUGUUGACAAUUUAUCUCAAUGA